AUGAACCUGGCCCACACCACGGUGCUCCUGUGGGCGUGGGGGAGCCUCCAGGCCUUUGAAAUAGUGGAGAAAGAGAACAUCUUUCAGAGGACCCCCUGCCCAGCUUUCCUGAUGUUUGACAACGCGGCCUACCUGGCCGACAUGAGCUUCGAGCUCCCCUGCCCCUGCAAGCCGGAGGAGGUGUCCGCUGUCGUCUGGUACUAUCAGAAGCACCUGGGCAGCAGCCACACCAAAGUGCUGACGGACUUCGAUGGGCGGGUGCUGACGGAGGCAGCCCAGGUGCGCGUGGGCAGCGACAUGCUGGUCCGCUUCAGCAUCCGCAUGUUCAGCCUCUUGGUCUUCCGGGCGCAGCCAGAGGAUUCCGGCUUGUAUUUCUGCGGCACCCGCAAGGGGGACUACUUUUACGCCUACGACGUGGACAUCCAGAGCAGUGAGGGGAUGGUGGCUACCUUCAAGGACCAGGGCCAGGAGCCCUUGGAAGACGAGUACCACGGGAGCCUCCGCGUCUUCACCACCUUCUGGGAGUGGACCCCCUGCGACCGCUGCGGGGUGCGCGGGGAGCAGUGGCGUAUCGGUCUGUGCUACCUGCAGAGCCCGGACCUCUCUCCCCGCUACCGCAAGAUACUGCCCAACGUGGUGUCUUGUGGUUCGAGGGCUGUGCCCAGGCAGCUCCGGGCCAAGGCCAGCGACCACAACCCUGAGCUGCUGGUUCGGAGCUGCCUGAUGCCCUGCGAGAAGAAGAAGAAGGUCCAGGAGGGCGUGAUGGCCAUCUUCAACUAUGUGUCCAAAGUGGGCAGUCGGCCCUGGUUGCCCCAGGUGCCCAUUCAGUUCCACCAGCAGAGGCUGGGUCAUGGACUCAUCAUCUCCUGCCCCGGAGCCCGGCCAGAGCACGCCGUGGCCUGGGACAAGGACCACCAGUACCUCUACCGCACGCAGUACCUGAAGGGCGUCAAUGGAUCCAUGAGGGUGUUCAUCGACCACGGCAACCAUCUCCACAUCCGCUUCACCCAGCUGGAAGACCGGGGCAUCUACUAUUGCUGGCGGCAGGGCGAGCGCAUUGCUGGGUUCCGACUGGGCGUGACAUCUCCAGGUCGCUACCCGGUCUCCUUCUCCGACCCCGAGACUCGGGCCGCCCUGGGGCUCAUUCUGAUAGGCUACAUGCUUAUCACGGUCAUCUUUAUCAGCAUUCACCUUUGUCGUUGCUGCUGUUACUUAUUCCGUUUUUGUCCCAACUUCUUCCCUAGGCUUUCUCUCCCCUAG